AACAGGCAGGAGAAGGAGACCAAAGCGGGCAUACUGUACAUAGGCAGAGGGCAUAGAUUGUUGCCCUUCAUCAUUUUAGCACAGUUCCGUACUGUCGGGGGCCUCCCGGUGUUCUCUUUUAUCGGCUUGUGCCAGGAAACACAUAUUUAUAUAUUGAGUUGCAGUGAAAAUGGCGCAGCCGGACAGCAAGAAGAUAUUUUUUGAGAACCUGUCGGGAGCGGGCAAAGCCAUUGCGGUGCUGACGAGCGGAGGGGAUGCUCAAGGAAUGAAUGGUGCUGUACGUGCUGUGGUUCGAAUGGGGUUGUACGUGGGGGCAAAGGUUUAUUUUAUUCAUGAGGGAUAUCAGGGUAUGGUGGAUGGUGGGGAUAACAUAAAGGAAGCCACAUGGGAAAGUGUGUCCAGCAUGCUACAGUUGGGAGGGACCGUUAUCGGCAGCGCUCGCUGCAAAGAGUUUCGCACUCACGAGGGGCGCCUGAAGGCUGCCCACAACCUGGUGCAGCACGGCAUCACCAACCUGUGUGUGAUCGGUGGAGACGGCAGUCUGACGGGAGCCAACCUCUUCAAGGAGGAAUGGAGCGGGCUGCUGAAUGAGUUGGUGGAGCAAGGUUUGAUUGAGGCCGAUGCCGUCCAGAAGUACUCUGCCCUUCACAUUGUGGGGAUGGUCGGUUCUAUCGAUAACGACUUCUGUGGAACUGAUAUGACAAUUGGCACUGACUCGGCUUUGCACAGAAUCAUCGAGGUGGUGGAUGCAAUUAUGACAACUGCACAGAGUCACCAGAGGACAUUUGUUUUGGAGGUCAUGGGCAGACACUGUGGCUACCUGGCCCUGGUGAGCGGCCUGGCUUGCGGGGCAGACUGGGUGCUGAUCCCUGAAAUGCCUCCAGAGGAUGGCUGGGAGGAGAAGAUGUGUCAGAAACUAUCCGCGAACCGAGCAGGGAUGAAAAGGCUGAAUAUCAUAAUUGUAGCCGAAGGGGCGAUUGAUCGUAACAACAAACCCAUUACCACUGAAUAUGUUAAGAAUCUCGUGGUCAAGUGCUUGGGUUUCGACACACGAGUGACAAUUUUGGGACACGUGCAGAGAGGAGGAACCCCAUCUGCCUUUGACCGUAUCUUGGCCAGCCGUAUGGGUGUUGAGGCUGUUCUCGCGCUUCUGGAGACCACGGCCAACACGCCGGCAUGUGUGGUGUCUCUGUGCGGGAACCAAUCGGUGCGCGUGCCUCUGAUGGAGUGUGUGCAGAUGACUCAAGAGGUCCAGAAAGCUAUGGACCAGAAACGCUUUGAGGAGGCCGUUAAGCUUCGGGGCAGGAGCUUUGAAAACAACCUGAAGACAUACAAACUGCUGGCUCAUCGUAAACCAGAAUCCGAGCUGCCGACUAGCAACUUCAACGUGGCAGUGCUGAAUGUCGGGGCCCCUGCAGCGGGCAUGAAUGCUGCUGUCCGUUCAGCUGUAAGGGUGGGCAUCUCUGAGGGGCACAAGAUGUUUGCUGUCAGUGAUGGCUUUGAGGGAUUCUACAAAGGACAGAUUAAGGAGGUGAAAUGGGGUGAUGUUGGAGGUUGGACGGGACAGGGUGGCUCCCUCUUGGGGACAAAAAGAACACUUCCUGCAAAACACGUGGAGAAAAUUGCUGAGCAAAUGCGAAAGCACAAUAUAAAUGCUCUGCUGAUUAUCGGUGGAUUCGAGGCCUUCCUGUCACUGCUGGAAUUGUUAACGGCUCGUGGGAAAUAUGACGAGUUCUGUGUGCCCAUGGUCAUGGUCCCAGCCACUGUCUCCAACAAUGUGCCGGGCUCUGACCUCAGCAUUGGCGCUGACACGGCUCUGAACGCCAUCACUACUGCCUUUGAGAGUCUGCUGCAGCUGUAUGAGGCUCGCGCCAACUAUGAGGAGUUUUGCAUCCCGAUGUGUAUGCUGCCUGCCACCAUAAGUAACAAUGUACCCGGCACCGAUCUAAGUAUCGGGGCAGACACGGCCCUCAAUGCCAUUGUGGAGACCUGUGACCGCAUCAAGCAAUCAGCCAGUGGGACCAAGAGACGUGUGUUCAUUAUUGAGACUAUGGGAGGCUACUGUGGCUAUCUGGCCACGGUGGGGGGCCUGGCUUCAGGGGCUGAUGCUGCUUACAUCUACGAGGAGCCGUUUGACAUCAAAGAACUGCAGGCCAAUGUUGAACAUCUGACAGAGAAAAUGAAGACGAGCAUUCAGAGAGGUCUGGUCCUCAGGAAUGAGAACUGCAAUGAGAACUACACAACAGACUUCAUCUAUCAGCUGUACUCUGAAGAAGGCAGGGGGGUGUUUGACUGCAGGAAGAAUGUGCUGGGACACAUGCAGCAGGGAGGAGCACCGUCUCCAUUUGACCGGAACUUUGGGACCAAGAUCUCAGCCAAGGCCAUGCAGUGGGUCUCCAAAAAGCUGGUGGAGACGUUCAGACAAGGCCGAGUGUUUGCUAACACCGAGGACUCCUGCUGUCUGCUGGGAAUGCGCCGCAGGACUCUGGUCUUCCAGCCUGUGGUCCAACUCAAGGAUGAGACUGACUUUGUUCACAGGAUCCCCAAGGAGCAGUGGUGGCUGAAGCUGCGUCCUUUAAUGAAGAUCUUGGCUAAGUACAAGACGAGCUACGACGUCUCCGACUCCGGACAGCUCGAGCACGUCGUACACAAUCGACCAAAAGACUUGGACGCUUCAGUGGCCAUGUGAAGGCCCGCGCUGUAUGACGGUCUGAGUUCAGUCUUUGUGUAUGAUGGAAAUUUUGUGAGGUGUCAGUCUUUGUGUUGUAAAUGAGCUCCUGUUACAACAUGAACACUUUUUUUUCUGGCCACAUGCUGUGUUCAUGUUCUGUUACUGUCAUUCCUUUUAGUGGCGCUCCUCUCAGUUCUGUUUUAAAAAACUCACCAACUGUAGUCUAGCCUCUCUCCUCCUCUUUUCAAAUGCACACACACACAGCUGUCCUGCCAUGCAUCUGUGUGUCCUCGUUGCCCUGGAUCUUUUUAGUGUUUUUAAAUUGCACUUUCUGUGUCUUGAGUUGCUUCGACAUUCUCUGACUGCAGAGCUGCAGAGUAGGCACUUUAUCUGCAGCACAAAACCAGUGCGUAUCUUCUUAGAACGAGUGUGAGGUUAAGCAUAUUUAUAUGAGACUGAUGCAAUAUAGUUUUGCUGCAAGCCAAGAGAACUCCAUUCUGUGCUUUAACAAGGAAACUAAUAUUUAUCUUUUAAAAAUUAUUUUGCUUGUAAAUGUGGAUAUAUUAAAAAUGUAGGCACUGCUGUACUGAGUAGCUGUCUGUUAUAUUGCACCAACAGAGUUAGAUGUAUAUGAGACCCACAGAAUAAACUCAUACUUGAGAUGUG